ACUUUUGGGAAGAGAUUGAAACCAAAAAGGAUCGAAGAGGCCAUGCCAUUACUAGAUGAUGUAUUUGUACUAGAACAAUCUGGAAAGGAAGUAACUAUAAAACUAAAAGAUCAGGCGGAGAAGAGGUCAGAUUCUCCUCAGAGUGUGUCAGGCAAUUUACUAGGUGAGUCUUGAGUUGUUGAAAAUGAGCCAUCUAUGGAAGACAGUGCCUCAUAGAAGAAUAUUCACAGUAUACUUUAUUUUGAUAAGGGAGAUCUGCCCUAUCCCUGACCUGUUUCUGCUGCUGCAUUUAAAGUAUCAAAUCGUACUCCAUUGUCGACACUAACACAGUUAAAUUCAGUAAUCGUUAUUUCAAAAUCGAAUUGAAAAGUAGCGCAUAAACGCUAGUAUCUUGGAGAGCAGGAAAACAAUACAAUGAAUCAUGAAAAUAUAUGAUCACUGAUGUUUAUGUACAUUCUCGUAAAACAAAAAAACCGCAUAUACACCGUACAAAAUGAUGCAGGUUACACUGAUUAAUUUGACUAUAACUGGACCCAACUGAUAAAUUGCCAGCUUUUAAUUAAGUAUCUUUUUUAAACAAAAUGGAUUCGUGCACGUGAUGGAACAGCAAAAGCGGCAACUUUUUUUUGUUUACAGGCUUUUUUACAGUUGUUUGCUGCCUUGGCUUUUGAAUGGAGGCGAGGCUGGAGGUGACCUUGUAUUGUAACAAACCUUCUUGUUUUUCAUGUACAUGACAUUUUCAUGGUAAGGAGACCGUAAACAUGAUUAUUUUCAGGUGAAAAAUGAAAGGUUUGUAACAAAGCAUGUCGCGCCUCCAGCCUCGCAUCUAUUCAAAGGCCGGGGUACCGGGCACACAACUGUAAAAUGGCCUAUUUUCAACUGGAGAUAAGACCGUUGUUGUCCAAGCAAGUGCUUUCCCCAGCAUUUUGGUUAUGAUGAAGACAUAUUUUAAAAACAUUCGUUAAUCAGUGUUCUUAUUAACUACCAAGUAGGAAAGUAAUUUUAACUAUUUUUCCAUUUAGAUGUAUCAGACUGUGGUUAAGUCUUUCACAUUGGACCCCUUCAAAAUUGUUCUGAAAGCGUGAAAUGGCUGCAGUUAAUUUUAGUUCUUUGUUCCAUUUAUUUCUGAAAUCACUGGUGAUCCUUGCAAUCCGAUUGGCGCUCUUCAGUGAGGGCUGAUCAGUGUGAUUUAUUCGCGUAUCGCCCCAUAUUUUGUUCUUCAUGUCAAGUGUUAAAUGGUAUCAUGUUGCUUUGAAUUGCAUCCUUUCCCUUUUGCCUACAAAAUAUGAUGUAAAAGGGGCUUCGGUUCUGCAAGCAAACUACGCGAAUGCCAGCAGCGCGUAAGACUUCGUACAUGCUCAAAACCUUACCGGACAGAAACCGCUACUAGCAGGGUAGUUCUGCUUAAUUACUAAACGGCUACUGGGUUAAUGAAAUAUCAUGUUUUUGGGCGAUUAAGGUGGCUCCGUCAUUGAUACAGGCGCAUUUUGCUGUGACGAAGAAAACUGCCAAGGGAUAUUUUAAAAAUGUCAAGGAACAAGUCUUUCGACGUCACAGCAAGGUUGGGAGCAAUUUAUAGUGCUUCUAAAACUAAAAAGUACCAUUCAAAGAAUAGCACGAUAGGCAAUCGGCUUUUGUUUAGAGAAUUAGCAAACAUUGAAUUUACUUGUCCCGAAAAUUCGAACUGGUGGCUCCUUGCACCUGAUAGUAAUUUAUUUUUGAAAUUCCAAAACAAUUUCAUAGCUUAAUUUUUAGCGACUUUUAGUUACAGACUUCUGCUCCAACGACUUUUGUGAAAUUUCUCUGGCAUAUUUAUUAUAUCAAUAAAAGCCGAUACCAGAAAUUUCAGUAAGAAAUAUCAGCAACAUUUUUUGCUAGACGCGAUUUUCUUUGAACAGUAGGGUCCUUUUAAGCGCUGAUUUCUCAAGAAAUAUUUACCAUCAAUGAAAUCGGAAUAUUUCACAUUAUUACCGAAUGUCUUUUGUUGUUCUUUGCAGAGUUUCGCAGCCAUUGAGUUAAAAACGAAAAAGUUAUGACGGAAAAUUGGUCACACCUAAAUGCUCCAGUAUUAAUGACAGAGGUACCUUAAAUAGUGCGAUUUCAAAAUGGACGUAAUAAAGUGGUAAUUCAACAUCAUGUCUUGCAAUUUGGUCUGAAAUUAUAUUUGUGAUUUUAAAUCCAAGUCGCUCUAAGUGCUCGUUUUGGUUUUGAAACGACGUGUGUGAUUUCGAACUACCUUUGUACUCCACUCUGAUCAAUCAUCAUAAGUUUGGGUGUCUGUUAAUUUUAACUUCUCUAUUAGGUACUGGAUGCAGAAUUCAUGUAGCACCUGCACCUGUAGCUCCUGUAACAGGAGAAAGUGGAAUCACACUGCCAAGUCCAUCUGUGCAUGAAAUUAUGAAUCAGCAGUGGGGAGAAAUGCCGACAGAUGAACGGCAAUCUUUGCCUCCUGUUGGAUAUGAACGGUUG